AUGAAAAUCCUUCUCAGUCCAGGGCAACAUGAAAAUGUAUGGAUGUGGCGGCAUGAGAAAAAUGGGGCUUUCAAUGUUCGAAGUGGAUAUCGAUUUUUCAAGAAUCUUACAAAUGGUGAUACUGCUGACAGUUCAAACGCCUAUGAAGAGCAGAAAAUGUGGAAAGCUAUUUGGAAAAUGAGGGUCCCCAAUAAAGUUAGAGUUUUUGCUUGGAGAGCUUGCAAGGAAAGCCUACCUUCGAAAUACAACUUGUUUAAGAGGAAAAUUAUAGACAGUCCUGCAUGUGAUUUUUGCAAUAAUUCUAUUGAAGAUGUAUCCCAUGCUGUGUUACAGUGUCAUAUUGUUAAAGUUGCAUGGCGGCAACUUGUACCUGCUCUAACAUUUUUUCCUGAAUUAUGCACAGUUACGGAAGCCAUUGUGUCCCUGUUACACAAAGGGGAUCAAGGUUUACUUAGCAGAUUUUUCUUAAUUGCAUGGUCAUUUUGGUACAGGCGUAACAAAUGGACAAUUGAGCACAGCCUACUGGACCCUUUACAGGCUGCAAACUAUGCUAUUAGUUUGCAAAAACUUGUAAUCCCAGCACCUGCAACCAAACCAUUUAAUGCAGAAACUGGGUUGUUGGCAAGCUCCUCCUACUGGGUUUUGCAAGCUAAAUGUUGA